GGCCGCUGGGCUGGCGCGAGAGACCGCAGAGUUCCCGCGGGGCUUUGAAGAAGUGCCCGCCACCGGCAUGAGCGGCCGAAGUAGGGGUAGUAAGUCCUCUCGCGCCAAAAGCCGAGGCAAAGCCCGCGUCAGAGCCCGAAUCCGUGCUGCUCCUGACGACUCCUCGCGCGAUCCAGACUCUCCAGUCUGCCAGGGGCUCCGGGAGGAAACCAAGUCCACACAGGUGCAGGCUGGCGCGGGUUGGGGUGGCCUUGAAACCGCUGCGCCCGCGCAGCCCCGCCGCCCCGGGGAGGGGGAUGCCUCCCGGCUCCCCUUGGACUGUGGCCUCGCGCUCAGGGCCCGAGCUGCGGGGGAUCUCGAGCAGGUGACAACCAGGGCCGGGUCGGGGAAGGCCCCAUCUCUCUCGGAGCGCCUGGAAACAGACACUGUCUUCGUGGGAACCGUGGGAACCGUGGGAACUGUGGGAAGGCCAAGGAAUGGUCCCCGAGUUGGAAAUCGGCGUGGUCCUACUAGGAAGAAGUCCCCAGAAACCUGUAGCACAUUGGGGAGGGGUCUUCAGGCAAUAACUAGUGGGAAGGCAAUGAAAGGGACAAGUGGGGAGUGUGCCUCCAGCUCGGUCGGGGAAGAAAAGAAAAUGGAGAAGGAUGCAGGGUUAGCCCCCCCUGCAACAGAUGGCAGCAUGGAUACGCUGGAGACCGUCCAGUUGAAGCUGGAGACCAUGAAUGCCCAGGCAGACAGGGCCUACCUUCGGCUUUCCCGCAAGUUUGGGCAGUUGUGACUGCAGCACUUAGAGCACAGGAACCUCCUCAUCCAGAAGAUCCCGGGCUUUUGGGGGCAAGCCGUUCAGAAUCACCCCCAGCUAUCAACCUUUCUGAGCAAACAAGAUAAAGAGGUACUCAGCUACUUGACUAGCUUGGAGGUGGAAGAGCUUGGCCUCGCCAGAUUGGGCUACAAGAUCAAGUUCUACUUUGGCUGCAACCCCUAUUUCCAAAAUAAGGUCCUCAUCAAGGAAUAUGGAUGUGGCCCUACAGGUUAGGUUGUGUCUCGAUCUACUCCAAUCCAGUGGCUCCCAGGCUGUGGUCUCCAGUCCAUAAGUCAGGAGAACCCAGACAAUAUCCGUAGCUUCUUUGGGUGGUUUUUAAACCAUAGCUCCAUUGAAUCUGACAAGAUUGUUGAGAUAAUCAACGAGGAACUGUGGCCCAGUCCCCUGCAGUACUACCUUAUGAGUGAUGGGACCCUUGGAGAGAAAGGAAAGGAGGAGAGGCCAGGUCCAGCCAUGCAGCCGAUCCAGUCCUCUAAGCCAGGGGCAAACCAGUCCAACUAAUUCUGCACAAGUCUCCCUACUACCUCCUGCUGGACCUGUGCCUGGCUAAUGACAUGUGUGUUUGGCCAUCUGCCUUCUCUUCAUGUUGGCCUCUGUGCGCCGUAGUCCUUUGGAACUUCAGUGCUCUCAUCUAUGAGAAUAUGGCCUUUAUGAUCAUGUUCUUUCCCCUCCAUGUGGCCUUCAUCCUUAUUUACAUUACUGUCACAUGUUAUGUGGUCUCACCCAUACUGUUACACGCCAAGCACAUGGUUUCAGAUGUGUGCUGCCUUUGUCUCUUUAUCUGCAUUGUCUGGAUCCUUUUCUUGGCUCUGGCCUUUCCCACUGGCCUGUCUUUAACAUGGACACUUGUCAGUAAUUCUCCAGGAGGAUCAGUGCAUCCUCAAGCUCUGAUAUUUCAGGGCCAGUGACUCGCUGGAGUUUGUGUUCAUGCUGGCCAUGCAUACCACCUAUGUCAAACUUCUCUAUUGCCACUGCAAAAUGAAGCCAGUGCACAUGGUAUUGGCCAUCAAUCAGAAUGAGUUCCAUGGCUCUGGGGUCACCAGUCUGGUGCCACCGGUUUGGUCUCUGGCUUCGGCCAGGGGCUCAUGCUACCCACCUUGCUGGGCAUGCAGCAACUGGGCAUGGAUGAGGUUAAGGGUGAAACGUAGUAUGCUGGGUGUUCUACACCAUUAUGCCUCUUUUGUUUAUCCUCUGGGCCCUUCUCCUGGUGAACCUUUGUCAAAGCCCUCACCAUACCCCAUCACUCUCAAGCUGUGGAGUAUUGUCUAGGUUGCUGUCAGCCCCAGUUGGCUUCCUGGUCAAGGACUGCAAGAACUGCCUGAGGACCCAGGCCCCCUGCCAGUGCAUGAGACACACUUGCUCUCCUCAGCCUUCCAGGAACCCUGCUGGCUGCCAGAGUGAUGGGCGGGUUGGGAUGUGAGUGUAUGUGCUCACUGCCAUCAUGCUGUGACUCCAGGCAUGGCCUGGUGUGUGUGGAAGAUCAAUGCUAUAUGCUGCUUGUUUUGCCUCUAAGUAAAAUCUUAACACUCUCCCCAUUUUUUUCUUAAUGGGGAAAUUGAACUGUACAGGUUUGCUUUUUUGUGUGUUUUUAAUUUAAAUUUUGGCUGUUUAUUUUGGACAUUUUCCAACACGUACAGAAGUGGAGAGGAUGGUAUAUGGACCUCUGUGUGACCAUCACCUAACUACAUCACUUAUCAAUUAUGAUCAACCUUGUUUCAUCUGUAUCUCUCUCUGACCUCCCACCCUCUCUGGAUUGUUUAUGGAGAGUCCGGGACAUUGCCAAUUUCAUUGUGACUACUUUGGGAGAAUGGCACUCUCUUUUUGGUGGUAAUAGUGGUUGGGUGCAUUAUAAUUAUCACUGCAGGUCUGCUUUUUGCUUUUAAUGUUAACUUAUGAGGUUCCACAGAUAGGCCUUAAACAUGCAAGUCUUCAUAAUUAACAAGGGGUCUCAAACAUAGAUGGAGAUGCUCCCUUUCCCCUGUAUCCAAACAGGAAAGAAUGACUGUUCUAUUGUCAAACUCUUUAAAAGACUGGUAUGAUAAGGUGCUUAAUUGAGGCCCUUCACCAGAAUAUCAAUUUUUUGUUUUCUGUGUAAUAUGGAGACUUGUAUGACUGUUAGGACUGUUAUCAAAUUGUCCUGGUCUCUCUCAAUAGAACUCUGGUUUUAUAUUACACCUCUGGUCUUGGAGGUGUAAUUUGGAAAUUGUUGCUUUCUUCUAUGAAAUUGACCUUCAAAAUGUAAUAUGUAACUGGUUGUCUUUCUUGAUAAUUUGCCCUGAUAAUAAUGUAAUUAUUUCUGUAUUCUUAAUCAAUAUAAAUAGUUGUAAGCUUGCAUGCAUGAUGGAAAAAUA